AUGGAGAAAAAAAAUAUUUUUAUUGCUCUAUUAGUAAUUUUAAAUUUCCAUGGCGCUCUUCAAUGUGGAUCUGGAAGCUCCGAGCCGCCUAAAAAAGUAAUAAAGCCCGUGGUGAUAAAUUACACAGAAAUAAUAGAGUCAACGAAAUAUUUAAAGUUCCUGAGAGACUUUGAGGGCGUAAGUAGGGUCCACCGCUUUGAUCCAGAGUUCCAUGUGUAUCUUAAGUGCAACGGAAGCUACAAUGAGCAAAUGGGAAGAGUUAUGCACGGACUGUGCUCUUAUUGCGUUGAAAUGCAACCGUCGAAGAAUAACGUCUAUUGGCGGUGCAUGGACAAAUGCUUUACUACUCUCAAAGCCACCAAUUGCCUUCGCAACUACGAAGAAUUAGUCCUGAAAAAAGCCAGGGAGAUUGAGGACUAUGUCAAAGAAUUAAGCGGACACCGCAUGAAAUUUUAAUAUUGAUUUUUAUUAAUUUCAAUAAAAAUUAAAUUACAAAUAACUUUUAUUUUUUUUUUAUUUUUAAUUAAUUAAUCUUCAAUUUUCGAUAAUUAAACUCCCAUUAAGCUUUUGAAGUAAUGGCUCGAAUAUUUUUAUUUCAAUAUUUUUAUCUUGGCCGUAAAAUUUUAA